AUGCCUCCAUUUCGCAAUUUCCUCGGUCGGAAGUCUCAGCCCAGUGAACAUGCUGGCUUAGAUGAGAACCAUCUCUCUCCGAAUCCCCCCGCGCCGAUACCGAUCCGCAACAGCCAGGAUGGGGAACCCACCGAGUAUAAAUUGAGUGUGGUCAAUGACGGCGGCGUGUAUCUUCCACCUUCUCCCCCCGAGAGACCGAGUUUCUGGCGCCGAUACCCUGGCUCCACCAAAUCGUCCAACCAUCGAGACCUAGUGGACGAGAAUGAGCCAUUCUCUAUAUCCCGCGAGUCCUUCGACUCCUACCGCCGAUCUUUCGACAUCUCUGCCCGCUCUCCCAUCAACCACCCCGACGCUGGGCCUUCUCGGACAUCGCUUGAUUCUCGCUUCUCUCGGUUAAACUCAUCGUCGGGUGCGCCUUCCAACAGCUUCACCAAGCCUGACACCAUGGAGGAAGAAGCCUUCGAGGAGGUGGGCUUGAAUGACGAAGCGAAGCCUAAGAAGAAAGGAUUUCUCGCCAGAUUUGGCGACUCGGGCGAUGCUCAGCAAUCCAUGGGCAACAAGUCUGGGACAUCGACCUUCGGGUUUCACAUUCCAGGCAGGAAGCGCGGCCAGAGUGGUGGCGGGUCUGAGCUAGGCUCUAUGAAGGCUCCCGCAGCCAUCUCUGUGGCUGAAGAGGCCAAAUGA